AUGCCUACUCUAUCCACAACCCGAGGCCGUGAGGCCCUUGCAGUCAACACGGUCUUUACCGUUCUAGCAACUGUCCUGGUGGCGAUCCGAAUCUAUACCCGAGCUUUCAUGGUGAAGCAGAUGGGUUCCGAUGACUACGCUAUUCUAAUUGCCCUGGCUUUCUCAUGGGCCUUUUACGGCGUGUUCUGCGGUGAGGUUUACCAUGGCAUGGGCGCCCACUAUGCAGACAUUCCCCAUGGAAUAUACGUCACGCAAAUGUGGUGUUUCUGGGCCUCAGUACCCAUCUAUCAAACCAGCUUGAUCACAACCAAGAUGUCCAUCCUCCUACAAUACCGUCGAGUUUUCUCAACAACACCACGCAUGCGUCUAGCUUGCUCCUUACUCAUCAGCUUUCUAGCCGUAUACGGUACCUGGACUAUAAUCAGUGCCUGGGCAAACUGCAUCCCCGUAGCCAAGUUCUGGGAUCCAUCAGUUGAAGGUUUCUGCUUCGACAAAGAGGCACUCUGGUUCUCAAACUCGGCCAUUCAUAUCUUGACCGAUCUGCUCAUCCUCAUCUACCCAAUGCCCGUCAUCAAAUCUCUCCAACUACCAAGCCGACAAAAAUUCGCUUUAAUGGCUGUCUUCGCUUUAGGAGGAUUCGUCAUGAUAACCAGCAUCCUCCGUCUCCGAAGUCUCCUCAUCAUCGCCAAGUCAGACGACCCAACACACGACAACGUCGGUGCAGCAGAAUGGUCCGCAAUCGAAUGCAACGUCGCUAUCAUCUGCGCCGCUCUCCCAAGUACCCGCGCUUUCCUCACAAAGCUCCUCCCUCAUAUCUUCUCUUCCCGCGACAACCAAAGCAAGACGACCCGUCCCUCGCGCACAGGCCGAAGUGCACUUACAGGCACACAUACAAAUAUACAAGCCUCUGUCAUUGGAGGUCGUGAGCCAGAGGAUCACAUGUAUGAUCUGGAGAAUAUGUCGGCUUCCGGCUCUUCGUAUGAUGAGUUGUCGAAGGAGCAGGAAGCUAAGGCUGGAUUCUCAGGAAUCAAAGUUACGACGUUUGUAACGCAGGAGUCGAUUUCUACGCCUCAUGAUGAUGCGGGGAGUAUGAAGGAUCUUGUGCCGAAGUCGCAGAAGAAUUUUUCUUAA